GUUUAUUUACGCGGGAACGUGGAAACAAAAACUCUUCGAGGCUCCUGGAAUUUAGGGUUGAACCUUUGACCUCUUCCCUCGGGCAUAGCCAAGGAGCAUCACUAAAAAUGGAGAACCUGCACCCUCACUGCCUUAAAUGCAUUAACAGGCGAUGCAUGACGAGACCAGAGCCAGGUUUGUCCUGCGAUCUUAUCGGCUGUCCUCUCGUCUGCGGAGCAGUUUUUCAUUCGUGCAAGCUGGAAGAACAUCGUCUGCUGUGUCCGUACGAGCGACUGCCUUGCCUAAACAGUGGGUUUGGCUGCCCCUUCACUAUCCCGAGGACCAAGAUGGCCAAACAUCUUGAGACAUGCCCUGCGAGCAUAGUAUGUUGUACAAUGGAGUGGAACCGCUGGCCCGUGAGCUACGCUGAUCGCAAGUCCUACGAAAACUUGAGCAAAGACUUUGAUGAGGUGGAGCAGCUAGACAUGGCCUUGGCUCUGCAGGAUCAGAGGAUGCUGUUAGAGUCCCUGAAAGUUGCAACCAAUGUGUCAAAGAAUGGAGACAAAGAAAGAGAUAAAAGUGAUAAAAUGCCCGUAGCAUCCGGUGUGCCAGAGACGGAGUCGGGUAAUGAAGCAGUAGAAAUGGAGGAGGAACCUUACAAUGACUUGUGUUCAGAAGAAACGAGCAGAAGUUUAGCUGCUGCCUUGGACAUCUUGACUAGUUCCAACCAGAUUAAUGUGCUUGUAGAAAAUCUGAACGGGGAAAAGACUAAUAAGAAUGGAGCGAUCCAUAGUGGAGAAAACGGGGAAUGUGUGUUUGUUGCUGGGAGUGAGAAGAAUGUAGAAAUGCAAGACGGUGACUCUGAUUCAGAGUGUGAGCUCGGGGCAGUAGGUGGAGUAGACUGCUCUGUAGAAACAGAUGGAAAUGUAAAUUCUGUUAACUGGGCUGAAGAGCUGCUUUUUGAAGAAAAGGACUUAAUCCAUGAAUCAAUUAAUAAUCCUGGUCUCAUCUGGCCAGAGAUGCCUCAGGAUUACAUGCCAAAUGUAGCACCAGAGCCCCCUGUGCCUCAACAGGACCCACUUCCACCCCCAAUGCCAUUCCUGUUGUCUGAUCACGUGACAAAUAACUUCUUGCAACACUUACCCACUGAACUCAGGUACAGGUGUUUGGAGCGUAAACUUCAGAACGUAGAAGUGCUUCGAGGAAUAAGUAUGUUUACAUUCAAUGGACGACGGGCCCUACUGUCAGACCCCUACUUGUUUCGAGCAAAAAUGGAGGACAAAGCAGUGGACACGUCUGAUCUGGAGGUCGCGGAUGAUCCCAUGGGCCUCCAUGGCAUCGAUCUCAUCACCGCAGCUCUGCUGUUCUGCCUCGGCGAUUCUCCGGGAGGCAGGGGGAUCUCCGACAGCAGGUUUGUUGAUGGCUACCACAUUGACUUUGGUACUCAGACGUUCUCCUUCCCUUCUGCCAUUCUGGCAACCAACACCAUGGUGGGCGACAUCGCUUCAGCCUCGGCCUGCGAUCACGCCAGUCCGCAACUUUCCAACCCCAGCCCUUUCCAUACUCUCAGGCUGGAUCUGGUGCUGGAAUGCGUGGCUCGAUAUCAAACCAAGCAGCGCUCCAUGUUCACGUUUGUGUGCGGGCAGCUGUUCCGACGGGACGAGUUCUCGUCUCAUUUCAAGAACGUCCACGGGGACAUCCAUGCUGGACUCAAUGGCUGGAUGGAGCAGCGGUGUCCCCUGGCCUACUACGGCUGCACCUACUCUCAGAGGCGGUUCUGUCCAUCUGUGCAGGGGUUUCGAAUAAUCCACGACAGACACCUCGGUUCAUUUGGGGUCCAGCCUGGAUUACCCUUGAAUGCUGGAGACCGCUUCUCAAGAAAGACCCUCUACGGUGACUCUCAGAGCGAUCAGUUCAGCAGUCUUCCAUUCGAAGUGUUGCAACAUGUAGCGAGUUUUCUCGACGGCUUCAGCCUGUGCCAACUGUCCAGAGCGUCCCGCACCAUGAGGGACGUGUGCGCCAGCCUGCUUCAGAUGCGCGGCAUGGUCGUCCUGCUGUGGGAGAAGAAACGGCGUGACGACGGCUCCCCUUCGUGGCAAAUAACGCACAAGGUGUGGCGCUUCAGUACGGCCUUUGGCACAGUGAAAGAGUGGAAGUUUGCAAACAUCGCCAGCAUGGCCGACCACCUGAAGAAAUGCAAGUUUAACAAGAUAUCUCGUCGGGAGGAAGCGAUCCCUCUGCCCUGCAUGUGCUUCACCAGAGAGCUCACAAAGGAGGGACGAUGUUUACGAUCGGUUCUCAAACCAGUAGCAUGA